GCUGAACCAAAGAGCACGCCAGAGAGAGGAUAGCAGAACAUAGCACAAGGCAGCAACAAACAACUCCCACAACGUGUUCACAAGUCUAAACUAGCUACUCAACAAACUCCCCCACAAGUCAUCGUCUCGUCGCCACGAAUUACUACACCGUCAUACUCACUCAUUCUAACACACAGCGUACGUUUCUACUUGAGAGAGCAAAAGCCGACACCAACUCUCUCUCUACCAGCAAAUCUACAAAAGCGAGCCCAAACAUGCCCCCAAUCCCCAUCCACAAAAACGCCCCAAUCGCACCUACCUCCUCAACGACCGCCGCCAAAGCAGACGGUAUAACCCCUUCGACAGCCUCAAACGACAACACCUCUCACAACCCGCCACCCACACGCACAACACCCGCCUACGCCCCAGCAACAACAACACAACAUGUCUCCUCUCAGCCACCUGCUCCUCAGCCCGGCGCCCGCCCCGCCGCACCAACAGGCACAGGAAUGAGCGAGAACUACCGCAACGGCAGCACACCAGCAGCGCCCCAACCAGGUGCGACUGCCAUGCCGACAGCAACAGUCAUCACAACGGAGACGCGACAAGCUCCACCACCACUACCACAAUUCAGUCAUCCCCCUCCUUCAGAUUCCAUGCUAGCCGGCCGCUCAACUACAACCUCGACCACUCCUUGGGCGUCGGCGGCGGCCAGUAAACCGGGCCCUACGGUCCUCAACUACGGUCCGGCGGCGAGCCCGUUCCAGACAGCUGAUACAGCGCAGGCACAACCUACAAGGACGAGCUUGGAACAUCCACCGGGUUAUGUUCAGGCGCCGGAUAAUGCGCCGUACACGGCUGGAGGAGGCAUUGGUGGUCCGAGUGGAGCCGGAGGGGAUGGCGAGGGUGAGGGUGUUGGGGCGCAGGCGUGGAGUAUGUUGAAUAAAGCGGGUGAGGCGCUGAAGAAGGGCGAGGAGAGUGUGUGGAGGGCGGUCAAGGGGAAGAAUGGUGGGGGAUUCUGAGCGUGUGCUUGGGUAGAUGGGGGGCGGCACAAGCAGGGGCAGCAGAUGGAGCAGUGCGGCACUGCUCCUAUAUCACAACUCGUAUUGAAUGUCACUCGAUAGUGGAGAUAGGUUUUGCGUACAAAGAAACCCAUGACUUUCUAUAGACCACUAUUUUCCCCAUUGCACCAAGCGAUGAAAAGAGGAAGUACAGGCAAGAGACAAAAGCAUUGCAAGCCGGAUAUGACGUGUGAAUGUAUAAAGUACAAGAGUGUUUUACCACCCCGGGAUCGUGCUUUUCGUUACCAAGAACAACCUUCCGCCCGCAGGGCUUCUUGUCGUUCUCAUACACGUACACCCCAU